AUGGAGUCACUCGUUCUUCGGCCCUUGAACUCGAUUGAGACUCACCUCAAUGCCCUAGUCGCGUCCUUCACCCAAACCAAUACCUUCGCCAAUGCCCCGCAACUCGCCAAAGACCUCAUCGCCGAUGACGACGACCUUUCCUCUGCUCUCUCUUUGCUGCAGCGCCAUCAACACAAUUAUGCACGCAUACUCAACCUCCGUGCUGAAGUCGCUACAUUACAAGAGCAAUUAAAGGACACGAUUCGAAAGUGUGUUUCGUUCAAGCAGGAUAUCGGCCAAAUCAACCCGUCGAUUCUCGACUCCGAUUCGGACGAAGAAGGCGAAGAUGGGGACUCGCAAGUCGCCGAAGUCGAUUACCACACCCUCCUCACCUUCGCUGCCAGGAUAGGCAAACACAACACCAUCGCAGCGAGGGAAGCUGAAGCUGAAUCGCUACGGAGGAAGAUCGCCGCAAAAACCAACCAGGAUCAAACAUCUCCAACUGCAGCUCUAAAUGGAGUGGAACCCUCGGCCACGGGUGAAGUCGCAGUUGAGAGAACAGAGGAGGGCAGAGAUGAAAACCGCACGGCCGAAACAACGGCAGAACUGAUGCGCAUAAACAACACAAUUGCCCUUCAACGCGCACAAAUGGGCAUGUCCUUCCCUGAUGCCGCUAGUCUGCGCGUCGGCGCCUUGGGCCAGCUCCAGCUGUUCCUGGAGCGGCAAAGGCAGCAGCGCGGGGGCGAUGGAGGCCUAGGAGAAGAUGAGGACAAAGCUGUGCAAGAGGCAUUGGAGACAGAAGUGGAGAGGCUGGUCAGGGAGAGUGAGGACGUCGCAGAGGAUACAGGCACGGGUGGGAAGAUGGCGGAUGCAGAUGAAUUGAUAAAUCCAGAAUUAAGGAGAGCCUCGACCGUCGAUGGAGAGAAGAACCACGGUGCUCCUGCGGCUGGAGGACAUCCUUCAACGAGUCAAGCGCAAGCCUGGAAGCCUCCGAAGCCACCCCAGCCGAAGAGAAAACUUGACUUGGAUUUCCCCGAUAGUGACGAGGAAGACGAAGACUAA